CGGAGCCGCCGUCCCGCAGCGCAGCGCCGCGCCGCCAUGCAGGGUGAGGGGCGGGCAGGAUGGCGCCUGGAGACCGUCCUGCGGCACCUGCGGCCCGGCCGCCCCGCAGCACUUCCUACUUCAGCACGAGUUGGCGCUGCUACAAACCCAGGGGGGUUCCAUUACACUCUAGAUAAUGAUCUUCUGACCCCAGAGCAAAGGCACUUCUAUGAGGAAAACGGUUAUCUACUCAUUAAAAACCUUGUUUCUGAUGAAGAUAUUGAGCGUUUCAGAAAUGAAUUUAUAAAGAUCUGUAAAAAGGAGAUACAAGUACCUGGAUUAAUAGCAAUGCGAGAUGUGACCAUUGCUAAGUCAGAGUUCGUUCCAGAUGAAAAAGCAAUUACUAAAAUUCAGGAUUUUCAGGAAGAUGAGGAGCUCUUCAGAUAUUGUACCCUGCCUCAGAUCCUAAAAUACGUUGAGUGCUUUACCGGGCCAAACAUAAUGGCCAUGCACACAAUGCUGAUAAAUAAACCUCCAGAUCCUGGUAAGAUGAGCUCUCGCCAUCCCAUGCAUCAAGAUUUGCACUACUUCCCCUUCCGUCCUGCAAAUCUCAUUGUGGCUGCCUGGACGGCCAUGGAGCGGAUAGAUCGCAGCAACGGCUGCCUGGUUGUGUUGCCUGGAACGCACAAAGGCUCCCUGAAGCAGCACGAUUACCCUGAGUGGGAGGGUGGUGUCAAUAAGAUGUACCAUGGGGUGCGUGACUAUGAUGCAAACCAGCCCGGGGUUCACCUUGAGAUGAAGAAGGGCGAUACUGUGUUCUUCCAUCCUCUGCUGAUUCACGGCUCAGGAGCAAACCGAACUCAAGGCUUUCGAAAGGCAAUAUCUUGUCACUUUGCAAGUGCAGAUUGCCAUUACAUCGAUGUCAAGGGCACUAGUCAAGAAAACAUUGAGAGAGAAGUUCUGGAAAUUGCACAGAAAAAAUACAGUGUGACUAUCCCUAUUACCUUGAAGGACACCUGGAUGAUACGGGGACGGCUUGUGAAAGGAGAGAGAAUUAAUCUUUAGACAAAUCUUUGAACAUCAGGAAUGGAAAACCAAGUGCCAACACGUUGUAUUCCUGGGCACAGACUCAGGUUCUCCACUGUGAUUUGUUCAUAAUUUUGCACUUUCUCUUUCUCCAUGUUUUGUCUGACUUAGGCUAAACAUUGCAUGCAAGUUCACAUCUAACAAAUCUGCUUUAUGACAUUUUGGGUUGAAAUGUGAAUGCCCCGAGACUUAAUGAGUGUUAAUGAGAAAGUAGUUAAAGAAAACAUGCCAGCAGUAGCAAAAUAGAGGUAUUUAUUGUUUGUUAAAGAGCUGAGGUCUCAACCACCUACUUAAAUCUUACCAGUAGGUAACUACCAGUUUUAGAUUCAGAUGCAUCUUUCUUGACAUAAUCUGAAUUGAUACUAAUAUAACUUUUAUAUGGUCUCCUAGCUAUAAUGGGUUUAGUUUUUACUAAACAAAUGAAAAGCAGUAAAGUAGUCUAUUUGAAUAUGAAGCAUCUUGAUGUGGUGCUAUUUAGGGAAUGUUUACUUGAUUUAGACAAGAUGGGGAGUAGUACAAGAACUGCAAGGUGGGUAAAGAAAUUACUGAAAUUGAGAUGGUGGCUUUCGCUGAAAGGGAAGCAGUGGAGCUGGAGAAAGGUAGGAAGGUUACCGAUUUGAGCUCCUUAGUGACUAAAUAUAAGAAAGUAGGGGUGAGCUGAUGGGGUGGUUUGGCAAAGCACUGGAGUAUCAGCCAGGGAGAGCUGACAAUCACCUUGUUUGAAAUUGGCUCCAGCAAGCAGAGAUUUUUCUCUUAACCUUUUUACUUGCUUCCCUCUCUUCCAUUUGUUGAAAAAUAGAGGGUUCCUCUUCUGAAACUGCCACAUUUAUAGGAAAAGGCUUGGUGCUUCAUGGCAAUGCAGGAAAGUUAAUUUAAAAAAUGGUAAAAUAAUUAUGCUUAUCUGCCUAAAAAUGGCUAAAGUCAGCAAGGCCUAAUUGCUGCAAUGCAAUACACUUGUUUUUUAAGUUAGCUGUUUUAUUAAGAAAAAAAAAUACUUUGAAAUAAAGAUUAAGCUAAAACAA